AUGUCUGAAGAUGAAUCAGAUAUUCAGAUGAACCUUUCAGACCAAGGCGUCACUGCUGUCCGACGGGAUGACAAGCUAAUACCAACCAAACAUUUAAUUAUCACCUUUAACAAGCCGACAUUGCCAUCUUUUAUUACAGCAGGUUAUCUGCGCUGCCCUGUCCGUCCGUACGUUCCAAAUCCAUCGGUUUGGACAUUCACAGACAUUUGCCAUGGCAAGAGCAUAUGUGCACAGUGUGGGAUUGAAGGUCACGAGAGUACUGAGUGUACCAGUACCCCAUGCUGUGUUAACUGCACAGAUGCCCACCCUUCUUACUCCAGAAAAUGCCCUGCAUGGCAAAGAGAAAAAGAGAUAAAACGGGUAAAAACAGUCGAUAACAUACCCUACCCAGAGGCUCGUCAUGUGGUCACUUCAACUGCACCUUUGAGACAGAAAACAUUUGCUGCUGUUUUGAAAUCCACAAAGACAUGUGGGGUUCAAACAGAUAUUUUCGUCUCUCCAAAUGAAUCUCUUACUUGCCAUGCGAAAUGUUUAAUUCUCCCAUUUAUCCAAACAUCAGAAAAGGAGACCAAGAAGGUCAAAACACCCCUACCAAAAACAGGGGUAACAACAAGAAAUGUGGGUUUAAAAAAGGCAAAUAAAAACCCACUUAACAAGCAAAAUGUUAAAGCAGCUAUCUCCAGAUUAACUAAGAAAUCAGAGACUCAGUCUAUGAGUGAGUUCUCUGACUUUUCCGAUGAAGAAAAUAAUAUGGUGGUGACACAACCAACGUCACCUCCAAAAGAAAAACAUCCCGUGAAAUUAGAGGGAUACCUUCACAAAGAAUGCUGCCUCAAACACAUAAUGGAUUAUAAAAUAAUCCAAUGGAACUGUCGUGGUUACCACAACAACUUCUCUGACAUUAAACACUUGAUAUUAUCUACCCAAUCUCUCUGUGUGGCACUCCAGGAAACCCAUUUAAAACAUGGAGAAAGAAUCUCUUUAAAAGGAUUUGAUCUCUACCGCAAGAAUGAUGAUAGCCACAACUGUGCCAGUGAUGGUGUGGCUAUUCUGGUUUCAAAUCGCAUUUCAUCCUUACCGGUACAAAUAACCACUGCUUUGCAAGCUGUGGCAGUCAGGAUUUCUAUUGGAGUAACUGUCACAGUUUGUUCUAUAUACUUGCCACCAGAUGUUAGAGUCAGUGAGGAUGAAUUGGAUGCACUGGUUGAACAGCUGCCAACACCAUUUCUUUUACUAGGUGAUUUCAAUGGCCACAAUCCUAUGUGGGGCAGUUUCGACAUUAACCAUCGAGGCAGGGCCAUUGAAAGAUUCGUAGGCAAUCAGCAACUAUAUUUGUUUAAUACAGGAGAAGUGACAUACUUCCAUGUUCCAUCAAGAACGUUUACUGCCAUUGAUCUAUCAUUAGCAACUCCGAAUCUGUUUUCAGCAUUUACAUGGGAGGUUGGAUCUAAUCCAUUCUCUAGUGACAAGUUCCCAAUACAGUAGAACCUCGAAAACUCGGCCUAAUGUGGACCGAAGGGUGGCCGAGUUUGUGAAAAUGCCGGGUUAUCGGGA